AUGGACGACGUCGUGACGGAUCUUCUAAUCGUCAAAAAUGAUUCCAAUUUCACAGUUCCUACCGCCGCCGUACGUUUUCUGCAAUCUUAUAUUCGCAUUGGAAAGUACAAUGAAACGUAUCACAACUUAAACAUUUUGAAGCAGUUUUUUUUGGCUGACUCUAAAUUUUGAGCUGCUCCCCUUUUGAACGUCAAUAUACUAAUUAAAAAGCACCAGGGGUUCAUACUGAAAUAUUCAUCCAGAAGAGCAAAACAAAAAACAAGCGAACGAGGAUUUUUGCACUUGUCGUCCCUCGAGCGCUCGUUUUUUCACACUCCGAAGGCUCCGAGCGGAAAGUCCGCCAUAUCGAGAAAGUCAAGUGACUCACUUGAAAUACAUUUGCAAUUCUUUCUCCCAAUUACACUAAUAUGCGGCGACCGUUGUCUAAACUCGUUGCUCGGGGAACAAUUACUAAUUCUCGGUUGUUUUUGUAAUUCGCUCUUAAAGUUAUGAACGAUCUCACCUCUUUUCUCCAGCGCUCGGCGUCUUAUUUUCAAUUUUUUUUGAAAGAACGUUUUAAUUGUGUCCUUGCCUUUGAUAUUAAUAACAUUUUUUAAAUUCAUUAGGUUUUUUCUCAGAGAGGCGACAAUGGAUUAAUAAAAAAGGCACAUCGAUAAGAUAAAAUGCUGGAAAGUUUCAAGAAGUUUUUUUUUUCAUUUUAUUCACUUUCCUACUCUAUCCGUUAAUAAUAAAUCCAGUUUUUUUUUUCAAAUUUUCCACUCCCAGCGGCAUAAAACGGAAGUUACGAAAAAUAUCAGAGAAUAAAUUUUAUUAUUUGUCAUCCGACCUUCCUUGAAGUCUUUUUUUCAUGACCUUUAUAUUAUUCAGUUCAUUAAAAAAAUUUCUUUUUUUUGUCGUUUAUGACUCAAGAGAUAGGAAUGGCUCAACGCGCAACAAUUACUGUGUGAAGGAACUCGUCAAAGAGAAAAACUUUUUGGUCGGGGUCACGUAAAAGGUUCCAGCACGAAUCUCACGAAAUCGCAACGCGUUUAGCCAUUCUAAAUGCGGUGAGAGUGUCUCGGGCGGUCGCGUAUAAACUAAAAAAUAAGAACAACUUCAGGCGAUGUCCUGGAAUGCACUGCACGGCUUUUUGUUCAUUCUCAUCGUGCUCGUCGUCGUCGGCAACUCGCUGGUCAUCUUCGCAGUGAUUUUCGAUCAGAAGCUCCGCUCAGUCACGACAAACAAGUUCAUAGCGUCGUUGGCCGUGUCUGACUUGCUGGUCGGACUUGUCGUCAUGCCCCUCUCCCUACAUGACAAGGUCUGUUUGUUCGUUUGGAAGUGUCGAUCUCCUCAGAUCCACGAAGACACCUGGACUCUCGGCAUCUCCUGGUGUCAGUUUCACCUUGUUUCCGGCGUUUUUUCGACUACAGCCAGUAUUGUACAUUUAGUGGCCAUCAGCCUUGACAGGUGAUUUCUCUCAGAAGUUUUUAUACCAGAGUAAGCUCUAGAUAUUUCGCAAUAAUGUUCCCCACGGAGUACCAGCGACACUCUGUGAGCACGUCGACUGUUCCUUAUAUUGUGAUGAUUUGGUUGAUGGCGUUUGUUGUGAGCUCGACGUUGGUCAUGGAGCAAGACAUCGCCUUCGACUCUAUCUGUUGGAUCGCCAACCCUCAAUAUUUGGUACCUCUUAUGUGCUGCGGUUGAAGCGAAAUAGUAAUUCAAGGUUUUGUCUUCAUUUUUGUCCUUCUUCCUGCCCGGGGCUAUCGUAGUGUAUCUCUAUACGAAGAUUUUCAAAAAGUUGCGCAACCACCAGCUGUACAUGUUUGGGCAGAGUGCCCACAGAAACGGAGAUCGACGACUUUCUCUUCCACGAGUGAUUAUCGAAGAGGUACGACCGAGGCGGUGUAGCUGAACAAGAAGGCUUGUAGGUGAGGUCGCGUCGCGGCUCCAGAAUGUCGCAAACGGGCUCGCAGAGCGGCAGUCCAACUCGUCGGUCCAGCGGCGGCGGCAAAGAGCGCUCCCCAAGCCAGCCGGAUAUCCACAUCGUCGCAAAACCUCAGCAAAGGUUCAAAUUUAAAAAAAAAAGAAUGAAUUCGAUUUUGAGCUCUCCAGUUCAUUCGCGCAAUUAUAGAACAUAGAUUAGAACUUUAAAAAAAUUGUUUUUAUUAAAAUUUGAACUCUUCUAUAGGAAGUAUUUCAAUGGAUGACGUUUCCUUCGAUAUGUAGAAAUGUUUGUUAGCGUACAAAGCAGAUGGAGCCAACAGUUCUGAAAGACGAGAAGAUGUUUGACCGGAUGGAAGGAGAAUUUUCUGGGAGACGGCCGUUUAGCUCGGGUUCCAAUCGACGUUUUCCCAUGGGAAACGAUGAAGGAGAAUUGACGCUUGAAAAAAAGACCGAGGGGCACUUUAACCUCAUUUUUGGAAGUUUCUGAAAUAGAUAAGCCUCUUAGAAUCUACUGACGAAGAUUGAUUCUUUUCCGGUUUUUUAAAGCAUCUUCUCUCAAGUUUCGGCUAUUAGUUCAAAUAUCAUUUGAGAAUUUCCAACAAGUUAUAUCCGACAUCGAUAGAUUAUGCGAACUUGCCCCGACUUUCAUUUUUCUCUUCUUGGCCUUGUCUUGCGGGAGAGUUCUCAUCCACAUAUAUGGAUAUCAAAGAAAAAGGCCAAUGCCAAACGAAUACGAGAAAUAUUCAAUCUUUGAAUUAUUCAGUUCUGCCGGCUGAGGAAACUCUUCGACGCUAGGUGACGCAAAAAAUCGAGAGCUUUCAAUUAAAUGUUGCCCUCAGGGAACUCGAUCAAACGAGACCAAAUUGAAUUCUUAAGGUUUCAUUUGAUUCUUAGGUUUGCGUAAUUAAUUGUCGAGCAUUUUGCGAAAGAGUUUUUUUGGAAAUGUUUUUUUUUAUUAGAUCAAAAAGUGUUCUUAAGAACAAAAAAGUUGAUUUGAUUGCGUUAUCUGAACUUUCGAAGUUGACACUUGUUAGAAGCCUUUUUUGGGUCUGCAAAAAAGGAAAAGCGUUUGGCGGGUAUCUUGAGGUCGGUUGCCUCGGGCGACGUCUGCAGAUGAUUUCAUCGGGUUUGACAUGUCCAGCCUCUUGCAAUCUCAUCCGGAAGCCCUCGACGCGCGUCAUCGAGUGUCCUGCCUUCGGUGCAGCUCUUCAGCAAGGGGACCAUCAAACAUCGCAGAAGCCUCAAACUUUGUUCGAUUAAAAAAACAGGAAAAUUCCGUAAAGCUCGAAGUUUGAGAAUUUUUUAUCGUUUUUUUGCAUUUUCUUGCAGAUUUUCAGAGCAUUUGAGGAAUAUUAGAAUGUUUUUCUCACUGGUUCGUUGAAUAGUUUCAAUUCCGCCUCGCGAACGAAAAGGAGAAGCCCCGAUUCUGCGGCAUCUCUAUCCAAAAGUUUUUCGAAGUUUAUUUGGAGUCUAUAACAUGAAGAAAGGACGGUCCCUUCGCAUUCCGAAUCUUUUAGAAAGUUUGCCGAGUUGACUUUUAAUUUUUGAUUCAGUUUCCCUCAACAAAGUUUCAGAAGCGAUAGAAUGAUAGAAAAUGUAAAUAAAAAGGCUCACAGUUUCAUACAGAUUAGAUCAAAGCGGGCUGCUAAGCAAAGUCAACUAACAUCUCGUGUAAAGUGUUCACUCUAAGUGGGAGCUCUCAUUUCGAGGCUUUUUCCUAGAGCACGGUAUCCGGGUUCCAGCCACAAAAUUCGCUGUAUUCUGAGCUUUUCAAGGCGCACAUGGUGAAAAACGCACAAAAGAAUAAGGCGAAGAAACGUGAAGUUCUUUUUUCACAACAAAAGGAGCAAUUAAUUUAAAAGAUGUCAAAAAACGUACAGAUCUAUCUGAUCUAUCACUAUCUGACCAAAUUUUGGACUUAAGAUGGAGGUCGCCGACGAUUUGCGCAGAGACGUUGGCUCACGACCGGCUUCUGGCUUCGAAAAAACGCGUCUCGAUAGUGCCGGACCCGCCGUCGAUGGACGUCUCCGUGAACAUGGGCAGCGUGGACCAAAUGCGCGACGAGCAUCGAAACAACUUGUUCGUUCUGAACUGGACAAGCUUGGAAAGGCUGGUGUUGCAGACUGCGCGAGAAGGAGCUUCUGUUGAACAGCCAUGACGCUAGUGAACAGCAAAUGAAGAAGUUGAGCGAAGAAAGAAAAGUCAGGACUGUUUCUCGACCAUUUUCUCAGUUGGAAUUUUAUUUAAAAUCGGCUUCUUUUUCUAUACUUUUACUCAUUUCUGAGGAAGUCGUGGAGUUUGAAGAUAAAGUCAAUAUGACACGGAUUUUAAAAAAGCCCAAACAAGCGUUUUUUUUUUGGAGGGAAGCAUGGGUUUGAGCGCCGUUUUGAAAAUAAUUGAAAACAUUUAUUUAAGAAAAAUAGUUUUUCUUGUUGCUCAAAUAAAUAAAAAAAAGAGUUAUAAUCGGAAGCUGUAGUGUUUUCAGCAAAAAAUAACGCAAAAAAGACGGAUGAGCUCGCAAGAAAAUCCAAACGGAGUUCCAAUCAUGGCAGCUUUUCAAAAGGUUGCCCAAAGCUAUGAACUCGGAAAAAAAAGCGUUUCAGGCAUAUCAAGACGUUCGCGCUGGUCGCAGGAGAUCUGUGCAGGACUUUGAGUUUGGUAAGUAUCGAGAGUCUUUCAAAAGAUUGAGAGACUGCAGCUUACAACUUUCCACCUCACCAGCUGGCGACGGUAAAUGAUGAGGAGCUUCCAACGCCGCCUCCAAAAGGAGAUGUUUUGGAAGAGAAAGAGUCCGAAAAAGCUCACGAUCUGUCGGGGGGACACAAGCUUUCCACCGGUUCGAGUAUUGCCGAAACCGUCAUAGCAAUGGUAAGAGACGAAGAAGACUGAUUCGGAACUCUCGCAGCUUCCGAAGACCAACGCCACCUUGGCCAAGGACGAUUCGCACGAGGAUUCUGUCUCCACCGACGCCAGCCAGAAACCGCUGCUCCAGUCUCACAUCUUCACGAAAAAACAGCAAAAGUUUGUGGCUUUCAGUUUUUUACGGCACAGAGGAAAUGCAGACCAAGAUUCAAUAGAAAAUAUUUUAGUUGAAGUAUUGUUGAAAAGUUCACAAGGGGGUUAUUUAAGUACGCAGUUUGAAUAUUUCUAUGUUUGCUCAAACACAGCUCUAGAAAGUCAUCCCUCAGAGUCCUUCUUUCCGCAAACUUCUAGUUUUUCUAAGUAUGAAUUCGCAUUGAAGACAAAAUUAUAAAAAUAGACCUAAAAUCUAUAUUUCGCAAUUUUGAAAAUGCAUUACUUGAAGAGAUAUGAUUGUAGACUUGUUUUAGAACGGUUUUGAUGUAAUUUCUUUUUUUGAUAGUAUGCAGCUGCUCUCAAUUUUUACGUUCUAGGGUCUGAGAAAUGAGUUGAAUGUCUACUUGCGUCAGUUCUAUAUAUCUGACUUUUUAUUUUUCCUACGCCUUUGUAUCGCUUGAGCGGCAAGUCGAUUAGCCGAAGUCCUAUACUGAUAUGUGAUAAUCAGUGGACUGGCUCUAGUGUCAUAUCCCUUCUUGUGUGUGACGGCUGCGGAUCACGAAGUCGUGGUUUUCCAUUACCAACAUUUCUUAGACUCUUUGGUUGUGUCGCGGCGGGGAUCGAACUUGGAAUCCUACGGUGGAAAGGCACACAACCUGUUUUGCUACGGUGCGCCGCACUUCUAUUUAUUUGAAGUUUAUCAUAAUUCUUUUGUAAGAAUGAAGGUUGAUUUUUUUUCAUAAGUAAUGAGCAAGUCAUCUAUAAAACUUUCCUCACAAAGGUUAGAGUUGUGGAACAGGCUUUAUUAAGAGACAUUAAUAACGAAGUCGUAUUCCAUACAAGAAGGAGACGUCUAAUAUGUCCAUUUUUCCCCGUCAGGUACCACGCGUCGAUUCCAGCUCCAACGUUUUUGAUGGUGCCGGCGAUAAUGUCAGUGAACACACCUCCGUUGUCUCCCAACGUCAAAGAAACUUCAACUUCUACUCUUCUGCAGGUUCCGAAUGAAUCUCUAUCUCGGCAGAACCUCGAAGAACUGUUUUCUGAAUGAAAAGUGUUGAGGUGCCACGGCUUUUCGACUGUCCCUUCGCCGUGCUCGGUCCCCUCCAACAGCAGCCAUUCCUCGUACACCUCGGCGAGCGGCAGCAGCGACACCUAUCGCAGAAUAUCUAUGAACAGCUACGGCAGCAGUCUCACCGACGCCACGGAUUCAACUUACGAAAUAGACUCUCGGUUACUUUUUCUUUGGUACACAGACAAAGAAAAAUUCAAUGAAAUCUGAAACAGACAGCGCGAUCUUUACUUCGACCAUAUUUUUGAAAAAUACAUCAGCUACUCGAAUUUCUUAAAAAUUUCUUCUGAAGAUGCUUCCUUUUUCAGAAAACUGUUUUUGGGCUCACAAAUUUAUCUUAAAAUUGAAUAAAAGAUCGGAUUAUUUUGUUGAACGAGUUUUUUUUUUUGAGACGUUCUUCGGCGUGGUCGACACUGCGAGCGGCGGUUCUGGAGCGCAAUCACCAGAAGACGAAAGCGUCCGUCGACGUCACCGUCGAUCGAUCUGGCUCGCCGAGCAAGAAAAUGUCAACGAUUAG